AUGGAGUGCCUGAGACUGUUCACGUGGUUUGCUGCUGCCACCGUUUGUGGCUAUAGGCCUCCUGAAGUUGACAGAAGCAAGAAUGUAACAUACACUAAUAAAGAUAUCAAGAAGGAACAAUUACAGAAGUCGGAGAAUUGCAGACGAGAAAUGGACGAUGCGAAGAAGAGGUGGAGCGUGACCUUCACGAAGCAUAUCAAGCAGAAGAGGAAAGUUUACCAAGACGGCUUCUUAGAUCUUCACAUCUCAACAAACAAGGUCAAGCUAUAUGAUGACUGUGAGAAGUUACUGGAAUGCAGAAUCUUGAAGAACGAUGAAGUUGUUAGCUCCGGUGAAACGCUGACGUUUAAUGCAUAUUUUGUUGAUGUCGGUGAUCCCGAAGGAGACUGCAAGCAUAUACCUGAUUUGCGUUAUCAAGGAAGAUAUAAGAAAAAACCUCAGUCCGGUAGCCUUAGUCCGUCACACAAAAUUAUUAGAGAAUUUAAGAAGAGGGAACUGCAAAAGUAUGGAACACCAAAGUGUAAUUCUGAGAAUACAAAACCGAGGAGUACAGAAUGGCAUGCCCUGUACACUACACAAUUAACUCAAAAGGCCAAGAAAUAUAACGAUGGUUUCUUACAGCUAGCAACUAGUGGAUCCAUGGGGAGGCAGAUUACGCUUUUUGAUGAAACCAGGAGACUCUUGGAUAGCAGAUUCCUAAGGAGAGAUGAAGUAAUAAGAUCUGGUGAAUCAAUAGCAUUUGAUGGUCAUUUAGUUGAAAUUGGAGAGUGUGAAGAGAAUGGUGAACCACUAACGGAGAACGUUCAAGGAAAGAAUGGCAGUGUAGCUGGGAAGUCAGAAGUAAUUCCCGGACAGCAGAAUUGUAUAAAAGCUGAUAGAAAAGAGUUCAAGAAGAUUGAAGUGCCUGGAUAUGGUGCACCACAGGGUAGUCCAGAUUCAAAUUCUAAUAUAACAGAAUGGCAGGUCAUGUACACAACACAAGUAACUCAAAAAGCCAAGAAGUAUCAUGAUGGUUUCAUAAGACUUGCUAUUAUCGGAUCCCUACAGAGACAGGUCAUGUUGUACGAUGAAAGCAGGAAACUCUUAAAUAGUAGGUUCCUCAAAAAGGAUGAAAAAAUAAGAUCGGGCGAAUCAAUAGCAUUUAAUGCUCAUUUAGUGGACAUUGGGGAACCUCAAGCAGACCAUCAAUCGCAAAUGGAUUUGAAUAUUCAAGGAAACAAUGGCAAUAUGGUUGGCACAACAGUGAUAACCCAUGGACAGCAUGACGGUUUAAAAGCUGAUAAAUUUGUUGUAAAAGGAAAACCUCAAAAUGAUUCUUCAAGGGAGAAUGCAGAUUCAGCUUUUAGCAUCUAUAGUGUAGACGGAAUCAAAUUGAGCAAGAGUGCACCUACAAACAAACCGUUACGAAAUGCCAUUCAGAUUUUGUCCAUUCUCCAAAAACCAAAGACUCCAGGAAGCACUGAUGCUGGGUCGACUGGUAACAGCAUUACGGGUCAAUCUUCAUCCACCAAAAGGCUUGAAGUUUCAGAUAGUGUUAUAAGUGUUUCGGAUGAUCGUGAAUUACCAGUGCCGCAUCAUGAAUCAUACGGAAACAUGGAUAAAAGUAGAUCAGUUGAAGACAUGAACUUAGAGAAUUGCCCCGAUCUUAUGUCUUCUAAAGCAACAUCUACUAGUACCAGUAGUGGCAAUCAAAUCUCCAAGGACACUGAAAUUGGAAACAUAAACCAGGCCCAUUUAGACGUCGAAACCUGCGUUUCCCAUGGCCCUGGUGAUGGUAAAAGAAAUAGAUCUGAAGAGCCUAAGAGCGAAAACGAAAUAAAGGAAUUCCCAAGUUUUGACCUUGGAUUUUGAUCAAGGGCUAAUACAUGUUGGAUUUAUAUUGCUAAUCUCUCCUAAUUUGCAUUCAAAAUGCCAAUCUUAAUUGCCAAAAAUUUCAAUAAAAAUCCCUGUAAAUGUGAAAUGAACAGCAGAAGAUUGGAUGCUCACGUGAGG